CCACAGGUUGUGUGGCUCUCCUGUGUGAAGUGUGUUACUGCUCACGUGGGUAACGUUGACUCUGCCUUAUCUAGAAAGCUGACCGAAACACAGACAUCACGGUGACACCGCGCCAAACCGUCCAGGACGCACAGAAAUGCGCAUACACGCGCGGGUGUUGGAGAUGAGGGGCUGAGCUGAGCAAAACACCAUCGAUCAAAGAGCGAGAGGGAGGGAGGGAGAAAGAGAAUGCAGUAUGUUUCGCCCAGCAGACCCCUCCUCUCCCUCCUCCUCCUUCUGUCUCCCUGCCAGCUGAUCCUGAGUGGAGGUGAAACGCUGAUUCUCCUUGCGUGUCAUCCACGGGGGGGAAAUCUUUCCACAUCCAGGCUUGACUGAGGCGAUGACAGCGGAGCGGAGCUGUGAAUUUUAGACCCACCAGGCCGGCAGGACGCGCGUGAAACCCGGGAGCGCAAAGUAGCGCGGAGGAGCAGCAACUUCUCGGGGCGGUCUGCGCUCAGCUCCGGAUCUCCUGGCACCGGUGAAAAGUCUUCAUACUAGUCAGCGAUGGAGUUCCCAGAGGAAUUCCUGCUGGAGGGAAUCCCACUCUUCAAUGUCUCUGUUUUCCCCAACAACUUCAGCAACGGUUACAAUGAGACGGACGCCCUGCUGCCAACAGGGGUCAAAGUCACCAUAGUGGUCGUCUACAUGAUCGUCUGCGUCAUUGGCCUCGUUGGAAAUUUCCUGGUCAUGUAUGUCAUCAUAAGAUACACAAAGAUGAAAACCGCCACAAACAUUUACAUCUUUAACCUGGCUCUGGCUGACUCUUUGUUCCUGGCCACUCUACCUUUCCAGGGCACUGACGUGUUUCUGGGGUUCUGGCCGUUUGGGAACGCUCUUUGUAAGACGGUGGUGUCGAUCGACUACUACAACAUGUUCACCAGCACCUUCACCCUGACAGUGAUGAGUAUGGACAGGUAUGUGGCCGUGUGCCACCCUGUGAAGGCUCUGGAUAUGAGGACCCCUCACAAGGCCAAGGUGGUGAACAUCUGUGUGUGGGUGUUGGCGUCAGCCUUUGGCGUCCCGGCCAUGGUCAUGGGGAAUGUAGAGGAGGAACAAGAGCAUAACAGUGUGGAGUGCAUUGUGGCUUUACCUGAACCAAAGAGUCACUGGGAACCAGUUUUUGGCACCUGUGUGUUCCUGUUCUCCUUCCUCAUCCCCGUGGCCAUCAUCAGCAUCUGCUACAGCCUGAUGGUCAAACGCCUGCGGAAUGUUCGCAUCUUGUCCGGCUCCAAGGAAAAGGAUCGCAACCUGCGGCGCAUCACCAGAAUGGUCCUUGUGGUGGUGGCGGCGUUCGUGGUGUGCUGGACUCCCAUUCAGAUCAUGGUCCUGGCUCAGUCUCUGGGCUUUAAUCUGAGCAGCCUGUACACGCUGGUGAUGAUGCACUUCUUCAUCGCGCUGGGCUAUGUCAACAGCAGCUUGAAUCCAGUCCUGUACGCCUUCCUGGAUGAAAACUUUAAGCGCUGCUUUCGCGAGUUCUGCCAACCGUCUCCGUUUCGCCUGGACACCCAGCAGUCCGGGAGGAUGAGGAGCAUGGGCAGGGAGGUGGCGGUGGUUUACAGCUGCAAGGCAGGUGAUGGAGGGGAGCUAGAGGGAGGCACGCCUAAUCCAGCAUGACUAGGCGUGGAGUUCCCUCUAGUGGGGGUAGACCCCCCACAGAGGGGAGAGAACCACGGGUCAGGGAGUUCCAACACAGAAUUGACCCAGAUCACCGCUCUCUAGCGGCACGAGCCCUCCCGUCCCCCAACUAGGAGACUGGCCUGGGGCGGGGGGGAAGGAGAGGAGGAGGACGGGGUUGAAAGAAAAAGAAUAUAGGGGGAAAAAGGAUGGACGUAGCAACCAUAGGUGCAGACGAAUGAGUCGUGCAGAAUGCCUUACUGAUGUUGGAUAUGGAUGUAGCUCCGCCUCUCAUUUCAAGAUCGAAACGCCGUUUACCCUAACUUCAGUAAACGGGACAGGAGUUUGCUUUUUGGGAAACAGAGCUCACUAAUGCGAGAUGACUUUGAAAAAUCUUGCUAGAAUCAAACAUGUCCCUUAAAGUAUUUGAGGGAUGAAAAGACAUUUUUUUCCAUGCAGACAAUGAUCCUGCGAAUCUGGAAAACUGCCCAACUCUGCACUCGGGGAAACUUGAUGCAGCAAGUGUUUGAUCAACAGAGUCGAAGAUGCUAAGUGAGGUUGUAUGGAAACAAAGCAGCUGAAGAAAGUGUGUGUGGAAGCAUUUAAAAUGAAGAAUGAACACUUUAACCACUGGAUGUUUUCAGAUUUUAGUACUUCAACCAUAAGAGUUGGAUAAGAAGCCCGGCGUCAUAUACAGACUUCUGCGUGCGAUGCCUCUUUCUGGACUAAAAUUGUGUGUUUAUAGUGAAAUGCUGCUGAGCCCUUGUGUAUAAAAGCCUUUCCAGGGUUAAGAGUCAUCGUUUUCAGUUUUGGCAGGAAGCUGGAUGGAGGAUGUAAGAAACGCUGGCACGGCUGAAGGAAAAUUACCGUUGAACAAUACUUCCUGAACUGCCUCCAUGGAACCCUGUUGAGUCAAAUAAAUGUUCCUACUUCUUCAUUGGGAUUUUCCAUGUACUGUGCAACAAAAGAAGACUAUCUUGUGUCAAGAAGUGGUUAUUUAAAGGUGUAUUGAUGACUGA